UAUAAAGCUGUCUGCAGAGAUUUGGAAAAUGGCAACAAAUGAAAGUGCCAGCAUCUUUAGUUCAGCAUCCUUGGCUGUGGAGUAUGUAGAUUCACUUUUACCUGAGAAUCCUCUGCAAGAACCAUUUAAAAAUGCUUGGAACUAUAUGUUGAAUAAUUAUACAAAGUUCCAGAUUGCAACAUGGGGAUCCCUUAUAGUUCAUGAAGUCCUUUAUUUCUUGUUCUGUUUACCUGGAUUUUUAUUUCAAUUUAUACCUUUCAUGAAAAAGUACAAAAUUCAAAAGGAAAAACCAGAAACAUGGGAAAACCAAUGGAAAUGUUUUAAAGUAAUUCUCUUUAAUCACUUUUGUAUCCAGCUGCCUUUGAUUUUUGGAACCUAUCAUUUUACAGAGUAUUUCAAUAUUCCUUACGAUUGGGAAAGAAUGCCAAGAUGGUAUUUGGUUUUGGCAAGAUGCUUUUGUUGUGCAGUCAUUGAGGAUACUUGGCACUAUUUCCUGCAUAGACUCUUACACCACAAAAGGAUAUAUAAAUAUAUUCAUAAAAUUCAUCAUGAGUUUCAGGCUCCAUUUGGAAUGGAAGCUGAAUAUGCACAUCCUUUGGAAACCCUAAUUCUUGGAACUGGAUUUUUCAUUGGAAUUGUGCUUUUGUGUGAUCAUGUAAUUCUUCUUUGGGCAUGGGUGACUGUUCGUUUGAUAGAAACUAUUGAUGUUCAUAGUGGUUAUGAUAUUCCUCUCAACCCUUUAAAUCUCAUCCCUUUCUAUGCUGGUUCUCGGCAUCAUGAUUUCCACCACAUGAACUUCAUCGGAAACUAUGCUUCAACAUUUACAUGGUGGGAUAGAAUUUUUGGAACAGACUCUCAGUUUAAUGCCUACAAUGAAAAGAUGAAGAAGUUUGGGAAAAAGACUGAAUAAAUAUUUCACGUGAAUCUUCUUGAAGACGCUCAUUUUCCUGAAUUGAAACUAGUAGCUAACAUUGCAUCUGGGGAGGAGAAAUAAACAUGAGUGUUGGCUGCUAAGUGAUAAAAGUACAUUAAUAACCUUUAAUUAUCUUCCUGGUGGGAAAUUUUUCUACUUUACAUACAAGUUCUGUAUAUGUAGAAAUAAAUAUAUAUUUCAGUACAGUUUUAAUGAGGAAGUUUUAAAGGCCAUGUUGCUAACCUUACAAAAUGGUUUUAAGUAAUGGAAGAAGUAUUAAUCUAUGUCUUUUCUCAAUAAUACCAUAGGCCUGAAGUUGACAUCGGUCUUUAAGUCUUUUAGAUUCUUGUAUAUACUGGUCAUUUUAGAAAAUUAUUUAUAGUGGUGUUGGUCUUAUAUUUAACUUUAAACAUCCUUUAGAAUUUGCCUGAAGAUCAAAAUAUCAUGGAUUGCACCACAUGAUUUGAUAGAGUAAGUGACUGAAGCUGUAAAAUUAGGAACAGCCAACACUGAGAACUUCUACUCCCAUCUGGAGCUGACCAGUUUGGGGUGAUUCUUUCUCUGAAGAGUCCUUUUUGAUUAAAAUGCACUACUGACAUCUGUAAAUUAAGGCAUUUCUGAAUUGAUAUAAGUGGAGUAUUUUAGUCUAAAGGUUUUUCAGGUUACUUGAAUUUUUUUAAAAAUGAGCUUUAUUUCUGCUAUUUACCCUUUCAUUUUUGUAUAUCAAGUUUUCAUUAUACUUAAAGCUGUAUCUUGAAACUUUGUGAACUGACUUGCUGUAUUUGCACUUGGAGCUAUUGAAAUAAAUGUGAUUUUUGUCUGAUUA